UGCCGUCGUGAGAAUUUCAUCUGCGUAAUUGUGACGUGGAGAGGAUGACCUCAUUCUGCCUUCAUUUUUCAAAGCGAAACGUGCCGUGAAUAUACCGUCAUUGAAAUGCUUGCAGUUAUUCCGUACUGAUCGGCAGUAGAGGGUGGCCGUCGGGUCUUUUCGAAGGGUCCACGAUCAGAAACCUGUAGCGGCCUGGAUAUUUUGCAAGAAAACUCCGUCUGAAGAACUGGAAAAAUGCUUGGUUGAGCCUCCAUGCAGCCCAAGUUACCAGCUAAACUGGUGUGACAGCCUAUUUUAAAUCAGUGACUCAACAUUGUGAUCACCCCGAUGUCACCGAAUGGCCACAGCUUGUAAAAGAUCACCAGGAGAACCUCACUCUGACGACAUUGAAGCUAGCCGAAUGAAGCGAGCAGCUGCAAAGCAUCUAAUAGAACGCUAUUACCACCAGUUAACCGAGGGCUGUGGAAAUGAGGUCUGCACGAAUGAGUUUUGUGCUUCCUGCCCGACUUUCCUUCGUUUGGAUAACAAUGCAGCAGCCGUUAAGGCCCUGGAGCUUUAUAAGAUUAACGCAAAACUCUGCGAUCCUCAUCCCUCCAAGAAAGGGGCUAGCUCGGCUUACCUGGAAACCAACUCCCAAGGCACCCCGAACAAGUCCUGCCCCGAGAGGAGAAUGAAUCGGAAGGAAGCCCACGGCCCUAGAGAUGACUUCAAAGAUGUGACCUACCUGACGGAAGAAAAGGUGUACGAGAUCCUAGAAUUAUGCAGAGAGAGAGAAGAUUACUCCCCGUUGAUCCGGGUCAUCGGAAGGGUGUUCUCCAGUGCCGAGGCCUUGGUCCAGAGCUUCCGUAAAGCCAAGCAGCACACCAAGGAGGAGCUCAAGUCGCUCCAAGGAAAGGACGAAGACAAGGACGAAGACGAGAAGGAGAAGGCGGCCUGUUCCGCCGUGGCCAUGGAGGAAGACCCAGAGGCGUCGUCCUCCAGGCCCGGGGAGAGCUCGCAGGGCAAUAACGACCGCCACCGCCCGGGCCCCGACGAGGUGUCGGUGGACGUGGAAGCCGUCCGGAGGAUCUACACCCGCCUGCUCUCCAACGAGAAGAUCGAAACCGCCUUUCUGAACGCCCUGGUGUACUUGUCGCCGAACGUGGAAUGUGACCUGACGUACCACAACGUGUACUCCCGCGACCCGAACUAUCUGAACCUCUUCAUUAUCGUCAUGGAGAACGGCAACCUCCACAGCCCGGAGUACUUGGAGAUGGCCCUGCCGUUGUUCUGCAAAGCGAUGAGCAAGCUGCCCCUCGCCGCCCAGGCCAAACUGAUCCGCCUGUGGUCCCGGUACAGCGCGGACCAGAUCCGGCGGAUGAUGGAGACGUUCCAGCAGCUCAUCACCUACAAAGUCAUCAGCAACGAAUUCAGCAGCCGGAACCUGGUCAACGACGACGACGCCAUCGUCGCCGCUUCCAAGUGCUUAAAGAUGGUUUACUAUGCAAACGUGGUCGGCGGGGAGGUGGACACGGAUCACAACGAAGAGGAGGACGAGGAGCCCAUCCCGGAGUCCAGCGAACUGACCCUGCAGGAGCUCCUGGGGGAGGAGAGAAGGAACAAGAAGGGGCCGCGCGUCGACCCCCUGGAGACGGAACUCGGGGUGAAAACUCUCGACUGCAGGAGACCGCUCAUCCCUUUCGAAGAGUUCGUCAACGAGCCCCUCAACGACAUCCUAGAAAUGGACAAGGAUUAUACUUUUUUCAAAGUAGAAACGGAAAAUAAAUUCUCUUUUAUGACCUGCCCCUUUAUAUUGAAUGCUGUCACCAAGAACCUGGGAUUGUAUUAUGACAAUAGAAUCCGGAUGUACAGUGAACGGCGGAUCACGGUUCUCUACAGCCUGGUUCAGGGCCAGCAGUUGAACCCCUACCUGCGCCUCAAGGUCAGACGGGAUCACAUCAUCGACGACGCCCUCGUCAGGCUAGAGAUGAUCGCCAUGGAAAAUCCUGCAGACUUGAAGAAGCAGUUGUAUGUGGAAUUCGAAGGAGAGCAAGGCGUAGAUGAAGGAGGUGUUUCCAAAGAGUUUUUUCAGCUGGUUGUGGAGGAGAUCUUCAACCCAGAUAUUGGUAUGUUCACGUAUGAGGAGUCUACCAAGCUAUUUUGGUUCAAUCCAUCCUCUUUUGAAACUGAGGGUCAGUUUACCCUGAUUGGCAUAGUGUUGGGUCUGGCGAUUUACAAUAACUGUAUUCUGGACGUACACUUUCCCAUGGUUGUCUACAGGAAAUUAAUGGGGAAGAAAGGAACUUUCCGGGAUCUCGCCGACUCUCACCCAGUUCUGUAUCAGAGUUUGAAAGAUUUACUGGAGUACGAGGGAAGCGUGGAAGAUGAUAUGAUGAUCACUUUCCAGAUCUCCCAGACAGAUCUCUUUGGCAAUCCAAUGAUGUAUGACCUAAAGGAAAAUGGAGAUAAGAUCCCCAUUACAAAUGAAAACAGGAAGGAGUUUGUCAGUCUGUACGCUGACUACAUUCUCAAUAAAUCAGUAGAAAAGCAAUUCAAGGCCUUUCGGAGAGGUUUUCACAUGGUGACCAAUGAGUCUCCUCUGAAGUAUUUGUUCAGGCCAGAAGAGAUCGAACUGCUCAUCUGCGGAAGCCGGAAUCUAGACUUCCAAGCACUAGAAGAAACCACAGAAUAUGAUGGUGGCUACGCCAGGGAUUCUCUUAUUAUUAGAGAGUUCUGGGAAAUAGUCCAUUCGUUUACAGAUGAGCAGAAAAGACUCUUCUUGCAGUUUACAACAGGCACAGACAGAGCACCCGUGGGAGGCCUGGGCAAAUUAAAGAUGAUCAUAGCCAAAAACGGCCCGGACACCGAAAGGUUACCCACAUCUCACACUUGCUUUAAUGUCCUUUUGCUUCCGGAAUACUCAAGCAAAGAGAAACUGAAAGAGAGAUUGUUGAAGGCCAUCACAUACGCCAAAGGAUUUGGCAUGCUGUAAAGAAAACUGAAUAAAAUGUAACCAAGGGGUAAAAUUGGGUGGUGGUGCUGACGUCCCCGAACCAGACGGCUGUCAGGGUAGCCAGUUACCUGAGCCUCCCUCCCUUCUCUCUGGAGACCCCCGGGGCUGGAACAGCAGACGCCAGCUGCUCAUAUGAACAAAUUCUUUAUUUUUUU